UGUGUUUCUGCAGGCAUGUGGAGCUACACACUUCUGUUUGGGCUGCAGAUUUUCACCAUUGCUGCCACUGUGUCUGGUGAACGUUCAGUAACAGCCAAACUUCAUCACCCUGCUACUCUCACCUGUGACUGGAAAUGUUCUGGUUCACUCAAAUGGACCCUGUUUGAUAAACCAGGCAGUGUUCUGGCUCAGUGUGAUCAGACAUCAUGCAGGUCAGAGGAGAGAUUUAACGUCUCUCAUGAUCAGUACCUGAAGGGGAAUCCACAUCUCACCAUCACUGCAGCUGAUUACAGUACGAGAGGUUUAUACACGUGUCAGUGUGAUGGCAAAGACGUCUGUGACGUGCGGCUCGUCAUUGAGACUCAAGUGAUGAGCCGUGAGAUUACCCCAGGCGAGCCCAUAGACGUGUACUUACCCCUCACUGACCGGGUGGAGGUGAGUUUUACUGCGAGUGAUGCUGCACAACCAUCAGACCUGCAGAUCUGCACCGUGGACAACGAGAAGAUACAGUGCAGUCCAGAUUAUAAAGAGAGAGCGUCUCGCUUCAACACUCUUCAGAUUAAAGAUGGAAAUGUCUCUGACAGUGGCAGCUACACAGUACGGGAUGUCACGAACGAUGAGAUUAUAGCCAUCGUAACAGUCCAUGUGAGAGAAGACCAGCCAGGUUCGGACAUCAGGCAGGAGGGAGGUGUACCAGCGUGUGGGAUUGUACUGAUGCUGCUGCUGCUGGUUGUAGCUGCGUUUGUGUUCCUGAUGGUGAUGUAUGUGCGUCUGAGGAGAGAGAAUCAGCAGCUCCGUGAGAAAGAUGAAAACAACAGACACGAGCUGCCCCUAAUGAAUGUAAAUGCUAACCAUGAUCCACGAGAAGAGCAGGACUUAGUACACACUGAGCUUACUGAACCCACAAACACUGAACACUAUUCUAUUAUAAUAAAAUCUUUAGAAUAGAAUAGAAGAGCUUUAUUGUGCUGCACGAUCACAGUGAAAGUAAGUUUGAAUUUCCUGCUGUUACAUGAUGGAGAAUAUGUCAGUAAUGUAAAUAUAGAGUAACGUGUCUAAUUCAGCACACGCAGGGAAACGUGGUGCUUUUCUUCAUAAUUCAGUAUUAUCCGUAAGAAAGGACCAGAAUAAAUAACUACUGAUGUGAUAAUCAGAGUGUAGACGAGCCACAGUGUGUAAAACUACUGAUCAGGAACUACUGAAACUUCUUUUACUGACUGAUGCUAAGUGAGGAUGUGAGUUUACUCCUGUUACAUUCCAUCCACUGACACCCCGUGCCUUAUAGACUUCCCUUUAACCUUUAUUACAGGU